GUUGGCGCAAUUCUAGAGAUGGAGCGGAGUCGGAGAUCGCUGUAAAUCUUUUCCUUUUUAAAAGAAUAGAUACAGUUACCUGAAUAUCUGCUGAGAAUUUAGUUUAUGUUCACUACCUUCACCAUUUGUAAUCCUUUCUGAUGAUUGACAAUGGAGGAGGGACCAGUGAGAUUUGCUUCUGGUGGAGAUGAUAUAAAGAUUUGGGAUCUCUCAAGCUCUGCUCCUCAACAACAGUUCUCACCACAUGCGGGACCAAUCUCAAGCCUAUGCUGGAGUCAUAACAAUCAGCUUUUAGCCAGUGCAUCGUCAGUUGGGGAUAAGAUUGUGCUCUCCUAUGGGAAGAGUCUAUCAGCAAAUGUUAUUGAGCUUGCUGUUGGGGAUAAGCAGACAUGUCUUUCUAUAAAUUCCACGUCACGGUACAUGGUCUGUGGAGGCAAGAACAAGCUAAUCAGCAUAUGGGAUGUUAAAAACAAAAAGUUAAAGAGGACAUAUAAGGAGCAUCGAGACAGUGUGAGCUGUGUUAUUUUCAACUGGAAUGACUCUUACUUAGCAUCAGGAUCAGCGAGUGGAGAGAUUUUACUUCACAAUGUAGUAUCUGGUCAACCUGGAUCUCCUAUGCUUGUCUCAAAUGGACAGACUGUCCGAGAUGUUGGUUACUCCUACUUCAAGAAGUCUCUCCUUGCUGCUGCUUCUGAUGAUGGUAGCCUAACCUUGUGGGAUACUAACACCAGUAAGCUAGUAACGUCUUUCAGUGAUGCCCACAAUGCACCUGCUACAGCUCUCUCAUUCUCUCCACUCAAUAAUCUCCUUCUUGCCAGUUCAGGCUUGGACAAGAGAGUAGUCUGUUAUGAUGUUAAUGGCAGAAGUGUGAUAAAGACAAUGGCUGUUGAAUCUCCUCUGACAUCACUCUCCUUCAUGCAAGAUGGAGCAACAUUAGCAGCUGGUUCUACUCGAGGCAAGAUCUAUGUCUUUGAUCUGCGAAAGGGAUCUUCUCCUCUCAAUACUCUUAAUGCUCACAAAUCAUCAGUGCAAGCAAUAAAAUUUCAGAAACCUAAUGGAGCUCCCAAGAUAAAUGGGCCGGUAAGCAAAUCAAGAACAGCGAGUUCUCACAAGAAAACAUCAUCAUCAUCCAGCUCAUCAAUCCAAAUGAAUGAAGCCAAUGAACCAACCUCAUUGAUACCUGAUAAUGUAAAGGCUUCUAAGGAAAGUUUGAACGAAAGAACUAAUGGAGAUCCUUCUCCGCGAUAUGAACAGAUGGACAAUAUGGAUAUCAUCUCACCAAUUAGAGAAGGAGGUGACUCUACAACAGUAAGAACAUCGGUAAGAAAUGGAUCAAUUACUGAUGAUAGACCUGAAACUAUGGGCAAGGCUGAAACACAACAAAGAAAUAAUAGUUUACCUGGAGCAGGUAUAUUCUCACCUCUAUCAUCAGAACUUGAUAAUCCAAAUAUUGACAGUUCACUAAGGAGAAAUCCUAUUGGAUCUGUAGCCAUAGAAUCCAGCCCAUUUGGACAAAUCAGGAGAGCUUUUCCAAAUAACUUGGAUGGUGUAGAUAAUGGCACAACAACAUCAAACAGUGUCAGAUUCAGAUCACCAUUACACAGUCCAGUAGAUGUUCCCUCGCCAAGGAGAACAUCCUUCCCAAAUACUGUGAUGGAUAUGAGACACAUCCCAGCAUCCCUUAAUAUUCAUCCUGUACGAGUAGAAAGUGAUGUUAGAAUGGAAGGAGAUGAGAGGCUAGCAUCACCAGUUACCACGCCAACUAUUCACAAACCAGUUUUUUCACCUGAAGAGCCCCCUAAGUCAUCAUUCUCUCGAAGACAUCCGUCCCCAUCUCCUCCUCUGACCAGUGGUGAUGUAGAAAGUAGAUUGAAUGAAGGAGUGACAGGAGAAGUUAUGGGAAGCUCAGUGCAGAAUACCCCAUUUCAAACAUUCCAAGUAGAUUUCAUCAAAAACUUGAUAGAAGAAUCAUUGGACCAAUUCAGGGUUGCUAUCCAUAGAGAUGUUACCAAUCUACAAUUAGAAAUGCUCAGACAAUUCCAAAUACAACAGACUGAAAUACAAGCAUUACUCCAGCGCUAUUCUGUUAACGAGGGCCUCCUUUCAGAGAUUGAGACUUUGCGAGAGGAGAACAAGAGAUUAAAAAACAAAUACUGAUUUAACUACUGAAUGAUUGAUUAUGUGUACUCAUAUGGAAGGACAUCAAGAUGCUGAUAUGGACCAAAAAUCUGAUUCACCAAGCUUGAUGUUGCUUGGUAUCAGUUGGACAUGACAGAUUGGACAAACAAUCAAUUUAUAUCACAUGCUUUUCAUUCCAGCCCACCAACAUACUUUAUGUAUCAUGUUUGAUGUUUAUUUAUGUGGUGAAAAUGCUUGGAUCAAAGGGAUGAAAGAUGAAGAAAAAAAUGAUUAGGAAUGGAUCAUCAACCCUGCCAGACUUGACAUCCACCAGACUGAACUUAAUUUCUUCAGUGUAUCCUGCUAAUGUCAACGAGGAACUAAACUGAGAGAGAGGGGGCAGAUACAAAGAUAAGCUCAUCUUGUGACUUCCAUUUUAAUGACCAGCUGACAUUAUUUAAAAUCACAGGCCAGUAUUCUGAAGUCAGGUUUAUCUUAGACCACGGUCUAACUCUGUGCUAAAAUUAUGGGAAGCC